GUGGAGGUAUCUGCGUCUGUGCCGGAAAUCGGCGUGUCAGGUGGUGCAGGUAGAGGUGGAGAGUUGGGAGUGACUGGACAGGUUUCGGCUCCCGAUGUGGACGUCAGUGUUCCAUCGAAGAAGUUCACCUUCGGUUGGGGCUCCAAAGGCAAGAAGGCGAAGAAGGCGAAGUUGCCGAAGGUGUCGGGAGACAUAGGUGCUGGUGUCGAUGUCAGUGGGAAGGUUGACGUUCCCAGUGUUGAGGUCGAUGUAGACGCAGAUGCUCAUGGCAAAGGUAAGAAGUUCAACUGGUCCCCUAAAAUCACUUUGCCAAAGUUCAAGAUGCACAUGCCAGAGGUGUCUGGAAAACUGCAUGCAGAUGCACCCGAUGUGAGUGUGAGUGGAACUGUUCCAUCUGUGGAAUUGCCAUCAUUGAGAGCCAGUGGUAAUUUGCCGAGUGUCGACGUGUCCCUUCCAGACGCAUCGUUAACAGGUGAUCUCUCUGGUAAGCUGGAUCUAGAUGGGACUGGCGUGAAGAUCAACGACGCUGAUUUGAAACUGCCUGACCUGGAGAUAUCAGGAGGUGUGAGUGCACCGUCUGUGGAGGGUGACUUGUCCAUUCCUCAGGUGUCUGCCGGUCUGGACACAGAUGUGAAACUACCCAGUGCUGAAUUGGACGUGAAAUUGCCUAGUGUACAGCUGACCGGUCCAGAUCUCGACGUGCAUGGUGUAGCGCCAGAUGCAGGUGUGAGUGCGAGUGUCGACGUUCCCAAACCGCAUAUUUCAAUCAAGGCACCGAAAUUCGGUUUCGGUUUUGGUAAUAAGAAGGCGAAAUUGAAGACACCGAAAGCUGGUGUGAAGGUGGAGGGAGAGGGAGGUGCGAAGGUAGAUUUGGACGCCGGACUGGACGCCCACAUUGAUGGCAAAGCAAGCAAAGGAGGUAAGAAAUUCCACUGGUCUCCGAAGUUCGGGUUCCCGAAGGGUGGUCUGAAGAUAGGUGGUGGUGCUAGAAAGCCGGACGCCUCAAUAUCUGUCUCGGCUCCGACUGGUGGUGUUGAUGUCUCAGUUCCGAAACCCGAUCUCGACGUCUCCUUGGAGGUUCCUGAUGUGGAGGUAUCUGCGUCUGUGCCGGAAAUCGGCGUGUCAGGUGGUGCAGGUAGAGGUGGAGAGUUGGGAGUGACUGGACAGGUUUCGGCUCCCGAUGUGGACGUCAGUGUUCCAUCGAAGAAGUUCACCUUCGGUUGGGGCUCCAAAGGCAAGAAGGCGAAGAAGGCGAAGUUGCCGAAGGUGUCGGGAGACAUAGGUGCUGGUGUCGAUGUCAGUGGGAAGGUUGACGUUCCCAGUGUUGAGGUCGAUGUAGACGCAGAUGCUCAUGGCAAAGGUAAGAAGUUCAACUGGUCCCCUAAAAUCACUUUGCCAAAGUUCAAGAUGCACAUGCCAGAGGUGUCUGGAAAACUGCAUGCAGAUGCACCCGAUGUGAGUGUGAGUGGAACUGUUCCAUCUGUGGAAUUGCCAUCAUUGAGAGCCAGUGGUAAUUUGCCGAGUGUCGACGUGUCCCUUCCAGACGCAUCGUUAACAGGUGAUCUCUCUGGUAAGCUGGAUCUAGAUGGGACUGGCGUGAAGAUCAACGACGCUGAUUUGAAACUGCCUGACCUGGAGAUAUCAGGAGGUGUGAGUGCACCGUCUGUGGAGGGUGACUUGUCCAUUCCUCAGGUGUCUGCCGGUCUGGACACAGAUGUGAAACUACCCAGUGCUGAAUUGGACGUGAAAUUGCCUAGUGUACAGCUGACCGGUCCAGAUCUCGACGUGCAUGGUGUAGCGCCAGAUGCAGGUGUGAGUGCGAGUGUCGACGUUCCCAAACCGCAUAUUUCAAUCAAGGCACCGAAAUUCGGUUUCGGUUUUGGUAAUAAGAAGGCGAAAUUGAAGACACCGAAAGCUGGUGUGAAGGUGGAGGGAGAGGGAGGUGCGAAGGUAGAUUUGGACGCCGGACUGGACGCCCACAUUGAUGGCAAAGCAAGCAAAGGAGGUAAGAAAUUCCACUGGUCUCCGAAGUUCGGGUUCCCGAAGGGUGGUCUGAAGAUAGGUGGUGGUGCUAGAAAGCCGGACGCCUCAAUAUCUGUCUCGGCUCCGACUGGUGGUGUUGAUGUCUCAGUUCCGAAACCCGAUCUCGACGUCUCCUUGGAGGUUCCUGAUGUGGAGGUAUCUGCGUCUGUGCCGGAAAUCGGCGUGUCAGGUGGUGCAGGUAGAGGUGGAGAGUUGGGAGUGACUGGACAGGUUUCGGCUCCCGAUGUGGACGUCAGUGUUCCAUCGAAGAAGUUCACCUUCGGUUGGGGCUCCAAAGGCAAGAAGGCGAAGAAGGCGAAGUUGCCGAAGGUGUCGGGAGACAUAGGUGCUGGUGUCGAUGUCAGUGGGAAGGUUGACGUUCCCAGUGUUGAGGUCGAUGUAGACGCAGAUGCUCAUGGCAAAGGUAAGAAGUUCAACUGGUCCCCUAAAAUCACUUUGCCAAAGUUCAAGAUGCACAUGCCAGAGGUGUCUGGAAAACUGCAUGCAGAUGCACCCGAUGUGAGUGUGAGUGGAACUGUUCCAUCUGUGGAAUUGCCAUCAUUGAGAGCCAGUGGUAAUUUGCCGAGUGUCGACGUGUCCCUUCCAGACGCAUCGUUAACAGGUGAUCUCUCUGGUAAGCUGGAUCUAGAUGGGACUGGCGUGAAGAUCAACGACGCUGAUUUGAAACUGCCUGACCUGGAGAUAUCAGGAGGUGUGAGUGCACCGUCUGUGGAGGGUGACUUGUCCAUUCCUCAGGUGUCUGCCGGUCUGGACACAGAUGUGAAACUACCCAGUGCUGAAUUGGACGUGAAAUUGCCUAGUGUACAGCUGACCGGUCCAGAUCUCGACGUGCAUGGUGUAGCGCCAGAUGCAGGUGUGAGUGCGAGUGUCGAUGUUCCCAAACCGCAUAUUUCAAUCAAGGCACCGAAAUUCGGUUUCGGUUUUGGUAAUAAGAAGGCGAAAUUGAAGACACCGAAAGCUGGUGUGAAGGUGGAGGGAGAGGGAGGUGCGAAGGUAGAUUUGGACGCCGGACUGGACGCCCACAUUGAUGGCAAAGCAAGCAAAGGAGGUAAGAAAUUCCACUGGUCUCCGAAGUUCGGGUUCCCGAAGGGUGGUCUGAAGAUAGGUGGUGGUGCUAGAAAGCCGGACGCCUCAAUAUCUGUCUCGGCUCCGACUGGUGGUGUUGAUGUCUCAGUUCCGAAACCCGAUCUCGACGUCUCCUUGGAGGUUCCUGAUGUGGAGGUAUCUGCGUCUGUGCCGGAAAUCGGCGUGUCAGGUGGUGCAGGUAGAGGUGGAGAGUUGGGAGUGACUGGACAGGUUUCGGCUCCCGAUGUGGACGUCAGUGUUCCAUCGAAGAAGUUCACCUUCGGUUGGGGCUCCAAAGGCAAGAAGGCGAAGAAGGCGAAGUUGCCGAAGGUGUCGGGAGACAUAGGUGCUGGUGUCGAUGUCAGUGGGAAGGUUGACGUUCCCAGUGUUGAGGUCGAUGUAGACGCAGAUGCUCAUGGCAAAGGUAAGAAGUUCAACUGGUCCCCUAAAAUCACUUUGCCAAAGUUCAAGAUGCACAUGCCAGAGGUGUCUGGAAAACUGCAUGCAGAUGCACCCGAUGUGAGUGUGAGUGGAACUGUUCCAUCUGUGGAAUUGCCAUCAUUGAGAGCCAGUGGUAAUUUGCCGAGUGUCGACGUGUCCCUUCCAGACGCAUCGUUAACAGGUGAUCUCUCUGGUAAGCUGGAUCUAGAUGGGACUGGCGUGAAGAUCAACGACGCUGAUUUGAAACUGCCUGACCUGGAGAUAUCAGGAGGUGUGAGUGCACCGUCUGUGGAGGGUGACUUGUCCAUUCCUCAGGUGUCUGCCGGUCUGGACACAGAUGUGAAACUACCCAGUGCUGAAUUGGACGUGAAAUUGCCUAGUGUACAGCUGACCGGUCCAGAUCUCGACGUGCAUGGUGUAGCGCCAGAUGCAGGUGUGAGUGCGAGUGUCGACGUUCCCAAACCGCAUAUUUCAAUCAAGGCACCGAAAUUCGGUUUCGGUUUUGGUAAUAAGAAGGCGAAAUUGAAGACACCGAAAGCUGGUGUGAAGGUGGAGGGAGAGGGAGGUGCGAAGGUAGAUUUGGACGCCGGACUGGACGCCCACAUUGAUGGCAAAGCAAGCAAAGGAGGUAAGAAAUUCCACUGGUCUCCGAAGUUCGGGUUCCCGAAGGGUGGUCUGAAGAUAGGUGGUGGUGCUAGAAAGCCGGACGCCUCAAUAUCUGUCUCGGCUCCGACUGGUGGUGUUGAUGUCUCAGUUCCGAAACCCGAUCUCGACGUCUCCUUGGAGGUUCCUGAUGUGGAGGUAUCUGCGUCUGUGCCGGAAAUCGGCGUGUCAGGUGGUGCAGGUAGAGGUGGAGAGUUGGGAGUGACUGGACAGGUUUCGGCUCCCGAUGUGGACGUCAGUGUUCCAUCGAAGAAGUUCACCUUCGGUUGGGGCUCCAAAGGCAAGAAGGCGAAGAAGGCGAAGUUGCCGAAGGUGUCGGGAGACAUAGGUGCUGGUGUCGAUGUCAGUGGGAAGGUUGAUGUUCCGAGUGUUGACGUUGAUAUGGUCGAUGAUUCUCGUGUAAUUUCGAAAAAGUCACGCUCUUCUUCUCGUUUCCCUUUUUCGCUGAGCUUAGGCCGUUCUAAAUCAAAGAAGGCUGUUGUUCGUUUUGAUCCUGCUGUUUCUCUUCCCUCUGGCGAUUAUCUUUCAUGUUCUCUUACUAAGUCUGUUGAUUCACCGGCUUCUUCUGUGGAUACUUCUUAUGAUGAUUCUGCUAUAUCUCCCGAUUUCAUGAAAUCUGUUCUUUCUGACGAGGAGUUCAUUCCUCCAGUUGUUUCCUUUAAAUCUUCUCCGACUCACUUAUCACGUGAACUGUUGAAAUUGGACGACAAAUUGAAGGUUAAAUCUGUCUCCAAUGCCUUUGUUGACGAUGCUGUCUUAGCAGAAGAACCUGUUAUUUCCCCUGUUUGUACUACUAAGUCUUUCAACUCGGAUGCAUUUAAUGCACGCUUUUCUCCACCUGACGCCUUUCAAGAAAUCACUGAAAGCUUUUCCUCUCCUGUUGAUUCGGGAAUCAACGACGAUGCUUCGAAUGAUGAAACAGUUUCAGCGGAAAUUGAUGAAAUUUUAAUCGUCCCUAUUCAUUGUGAUCGUGUCAUACCAAAAGAAGAUAUUUCUUCGGAGGGAUUUUCAUGCGAAGAACAUUCAGAGGUAACAAAUUAUCCUGUUAGUAAUCGUGAUGCUUUGGAAGAUUUUAAAGCUGAUUAUCAGAAUUCAGACAGUCCACUUCACACUUCCAAGCAUGUUAAACGAUCGUUUUGGCCGCUUUCACACAAGAAAAUAAAUCUGGGUGACCAUUCGGUUGAAGUUACAAGUAAUCGAAACGAGGAAGGAAAAGAUUCAUCAGAAAUGAAAAAGCAUCAAUAUUUCAUUUCUAAAGAUAAUUCAGAUUCCAUAAAUGUCACAGUGCCGAAAAAGAAACAUCGACCUAAACAUCAGGAUAAAACCCAUUCAAGACUCCAUAUGAAAGAUAAACAGCCUAGUGAAUUACAAGAAUACAAUCAAGGUGAGAUAGCUAUAUCUAUAUCUGAGCUAAAUGAUGACCUUACAUCAACCCCACGACGCUCUCCUAGUAAAUUUAGAGACCCUUCAAUUAGGAAAACGUGGCAUGGCGCACAAAAACCCUACAGUGACUCCACAGAAAACAUCCACUUAGAUGAGAACGAAUGCACCUUCUCAGACGAAAUUUCAGAUGUAUACUUAAAGCCAAGAAAAAUAAAUGAACAUGAAAAUAGUAAUUCUAAUGUUUCUGACUUCCUACGAAGAAGUGUAGUUAAUUCAGCUAAACGUCGCCCCUGGAGUACUUUGGAGUAUCCACCUCCUGAAUGUCAUUUUGUCGACGAUGACUAUCUAUUUCCAGAUGCUUUAACUCCUACAAAAAUUCCAAGCUUUCGAGCAAGCAAAGAAGUAGUUUACGAUGUACCAUAUAUGGAUGAUAAAGCUCUUCCAACCUAUGAACCUGAAUGGCCCUUGGGUGAAUCAAGGAGAACAUUAAUAUCUCAACUAUCUCAAAAUAGUCUUAGUAUGGUACGGAUAACAGCUGAAGAAGAAAGCAGUCUUAUAUCUCUUGAUACUAAGUUAUUGGAUGAACAAAAUGCAUCAAAAAGAAAAAGUCGAUUUACAUCACAUUUUGGUAAAAACAAUAAAAAGUCUUCAUCAACUCGUCAUGAUUCAAAACCUCGAUCGAAAAGCUCAAAUAGACUAUUAACAUGGUGGUCUAAACAUAGUUCAACAAAUAAAUGAAAUUAAUUAGUUAUUCAAUAUUCAAUAUUUCCUAAUCACAUUUUUUUCUACAACCACCAAGACAACAAUAACAACAGAUAAUCGUAAUCGUCUACUACUGGUGACAAAUUUAAUUUCACCUAAUAAAAAAUAAAAACAGUUUGUCUAUUUUUGUCAUUUUGGAAAUUAUUCAAUUCAUAUAUUUUUUCAUAAAACAGGUAAGCAGUUAACAGUUGAAUAAUGUUUGUCUUUUGCGCUUUAAAGCUUUUGAUUAUUAAAAUACAUGGUGAUAUUUGAAUAAUGAGUCUAAUUUAUUGGCAAAGUUAAACUAACUGUCAUAGACAAAACUACAAUGACCUUGAGCAAUCAAUCAAAAUUCAGAUACUAAAAAGUCGCAUGAUCGUUGAAAAAUCCACUAAAAAAUAUUGCUAGCAUGAUAUUACAUUGUAUAUUUGCAGCUUAUGUGUUAUAUGAAUGUCUCCCAGUCAAUACACAGAUGAUCUAUAGAGAAAUCAUACCAUGAGCGAUAUACCCAUUCUUCCAAGUGAAUGUAGGUCAUUGUACUUUGAGAUCCACUGGUAUUUCUGAUGCUAUUCUUCAGUUUAACUCCUAUUUCUAAACAUAAUCCUAACUCCUGAUCCUACCUUUAACUCUAAAUUAACCUUAACCCUAGAUACUAAACCUAAAUCGUGAAUGCUAUAACAAUACCUAACAAUAUAGAUUAGGAGAAAAAGUACGAGGUAAGUAAGUAGAAUACUGUAUCUAUCCUUUCCAAGUCCAAAAAGGCAGGCAUGAUUUUAUUCGGAAAGACAUUUCAUGGAAUUCCCUGUGUGUGAUUGGUCCUUGAAGGUCAACUUUUGAAAGACCUUGACUUUGGCUAUGAUACUUUAAAAUUGCUAAUUUAUUCUUAAUAUUGUGUUAUCACUUUAACUCUCAUGUUAUGCGUCAGUUUACUCUGUUAUUAGUUAAAUGUAUUUCUUCAAUUCUUUCAGUAUGUAGCCCAUUCUUCCACUACAAGGUAAAGGAAUCAGAUAAAUAGGUGGAAAUGCUGAUGUUAGAUGUUUGGAGGCAAUCAUCAGCAAGCUCAGCAUGAGCUAGGCUUCAUGAUAGUUGGCAGUCAUCAGUCAGCAAGGCGUAUCUGCAACCUUGAUGGAAGUCAUAUCCCUUCUGGAAUUCGAACCAGUGUCACCCAGUGCUACAAUCAGAGACGUUACCACUGAGCUGUUUGGGCUCGCGAUUAACCUCCUGUAGGACUGUAUACGAUACUUUGAUUGGACACCAGUUAGAAACUGGUGUUACGCGUCUAGUCCUUUGUAAGGUGCAGACUGAAUUGUAUCCGAAAAGUACCAACUAGCACGAAACCUAGAUCGAAGGCUUCCUACUGAUUGUCUCCACCAUCUCGUAUCAACAAUUUAAAGUGCACUGUGAUGACGACCCAUCUCGCCUGGUGGCCACGGUGCAAACUUGACUGAUAGAAUUAUGUUUGCAGCAAACAAAGGACUGUUACUAACUAGUGUCCGAUCAAAGGUGGAAAUGCAUCCAUAGUGCUUACUUCAUAAGGGGAUAAGUAAGUUUGAAGAUAACAACAGCAGUUCAGUCAGUGGUUAGAAUUUUACUGAUAUGAUAUUUGAUCAACUCACCCACAAGAAUCGGAAUCUAAAUAUUCGACCCUAUGUAAGCAUAAUAUUGCAUUAAGAAAUGCAUAUUGAAUAAAGGAGGACAAGCUAAGACUAUUCCUGUCGGAAAUAUGAUAGAAUAAUCUAUUUGCUCCAUCGUUAAUGCACUGUCAUGAUUUCUGAGGCGUAAUAAGGAAUUAGAUAAAGCCUUCUGAAGUGAAACACGAAAUUUCAUCGGAGUACAUAACGUUAACUAUUAAAAUACUCGAGAACCCUUCUUCCUUUUUCUCAUUUCAUUGUAUUCCGAGUGGAACAUAGGGCUUCAGGCUUUCGAUUUCUCCGUUAGGAGGUGAGCUUGUUAGCCCUACGCCCAAUCUUCCUCCUUUUGUGGGUUUAAUACCAGCUAAUAAACUAUCACCAGUGAUAUUUCUAAUUGUGGUGGACUGAAUAAUGUACCAGGCUGUGGGAAAGACAGGAAUACUUUUGGCGGACAAGAAGACUCUAAAAGAUUUAAACUUCUCAGAUGAUUUAUUUUAAUGUCGCAUAAAUCCAAAGACUUAACGGGGAAAACCAAGAAGUCGACAGAGGAAUCAGAAAAGACAGGACUUCAAGUGAACAUAGAUAAAACAGAAGUGAUGAAGACAACCAACAAACCACAACAAAUAUCACUCAGUAUCAACGGGGUAAAUUUGAAAGAGGUCACAUCCUUCACUUCGAAAAUACAAGACAGACACUCAUUGCCCUGAAAUCAGUUUGGAAAUCUGCACUCAGCAUAAAGAAGAAAAUUCGAAUUUUCAACAUCAAUGUUAAGCCAGUCACUUCUUCUAUAUGGGUCAGUAAAUUGACGCAUUUCUAAGGUGGAUUGCUGCAGACUUUCAUCAGUAUCUACCUUUGCUGUCUCAAUAACAAUGACCACACGGCAGGCCAGAGAGAAUUAGUAGCAAGAAACUCAGGGAACGAACCAAUCAAAAACCUACUGCUCACCAAAUUUAUAGAAGAAAGUGGAGUUGGAUUGGACACUCGUGGAGGAGACAACUGGCAUCUCACGCCAAGUAAUCACCCGAGUGGGACGUCAAUGCGUAUUGAUGAGUUGGGUAUCCAAGGUUUACAUAGAAGAGAUAGUGUGAGGGGAAGCUGAAAUCCCAUUGGAAAUUGUGUAGCCAGCUAGAAAGGACUGCAGAGAACGGAAUGAAGCAGGGAUGUUACAGGAUUUCAUCAUUAGCUGACAUUGGUUAGAGAACCAUUGGAAAACCUGAGAGUACUGGACAGCUGUUUCGUCAGCCCACUUCGGGACUCUUCAGCAGUACGCACCCAGCGCCAGGGUUCGAACCCAGGACCUUCUGGUUACAAGGUUAGCGAGCUCGUAGACCAUUAAGCCACUGCGACCCGACCCAAUGGCCCAUGAAUUCUAACUUCUGCCAAUUCACGACAUAGCGCGACCUCUAGCCAAUGUCUUCGGCGAGUAUUCGUCCUCACACCCUAUUUGCUGUACCCUACUGGUCACGACCUCUCACUAGAAGUGUUGCUGAAGCCCUAUAUUCCCCUUCGAAUCUAAGGGAAUCAUAAUAUAAAAAAUAGUAGUAAACUAGGUGAUGUUUAAGGGUGACUUAUCGGCGAAUUGAACGUAGAUCUCCCAAGCGUGUGGCUCCUAAUUAUUCUACCACUGAGACACCAACUCUAAGCCUAAGAACCGUUGUCAAUAAUUCAUAGUUAUAUCUUUAAAACAGAAAUAAAUGAUUAUAACCAAGUAAGUGCUCAUGAAUUUGCCUAACCAAAAAGACCAAUGAUCAUCCUGCGUAUCAGGCUAUAAAUCUCCCCAUUGAUCCAACAACGUAACUAAGUCAACCAAAAGACUAAUUAAUUACUUCAGUAAUUUGUAAUAAAAAGACCACCUUAUAUUAACUAAUACAUUCCAUAUACUCAUCAUUUAUUACUCAAUGCAGUAAAGAUGUUAACUCAGCACGCCCGCACACACACAUACACACACAAAUCUGCACAUCUUUAUUUCUCGGUAUUUAAUGCUGUAUAGAUUACUUUGCAUGGAAUUUGUUGUUCUGAUUGUGGUGUGUUUAUGUGUGCGUGUGUGUGUGUGUGUAGUUUUUAAAGUAUUCUUUGGCGACUUCAUUUCUUGUUUAUUUUGAAUUUUAACAAAAAUUGACAAACAGAAAAAUCAAAAAAGAAAGAAAAAAACUCUAGAAAAGUACAAAUUGUAUUCCUUUCAUCAAUAAUGUACUUUGGUUUAUUUUAAGCGUAUAAUGACAGGCAUUUAUGAAGGCUAAAACACAUCACGAGUAUGUGAUAAAAUAAUGAAUAGAUAAAUUCACUUACUGAUAAAUGUCUUUUAUUUAGUCGAAGGAGUAUUUAUUCUAAAGAGUUUAAUUCAUUAUUUCAUUAUCAUCACCAUAUAAUAUAUAUGAAAUAUAUAUGAAAACAAUAAAACAUUAUUCGUUUGUUGAUUACUGAAGUGAAUUCAUUCUAACAAAUGUAAGAUGGAUAGCCAAAAUAGUAAAAAUGUAUUGUAUUACGAAAGGCUGAUCCUUGAAGGAUACGAGAAUAUGGAAAGAGGAGAAUCUCAAGCCUCCUAAAGAAAACCUUCUCAUGAAUGACGCCAAGAGUGCUAUUUUUUAACUACUCAUUCUUUUUUGUGCAAUUUUGAAGAAUAAAAUCUCACAUAUAAGCACUCUGAUCAGUUCACUUGCUCUUGUGGACCUAUGUACAUAGACCACUCUAUGCGCAUUCUUUCAAAACAGGUUGGAGAAACACUGCCUAGUAUGGCUGAGAAUGAGCGACAUUAGUUAGUUCAGUCUGAAGUACCUCGUCAGCCCACCUGUCACAGUAUCUCAACUAACUGACUCGUCACUCAGAGUUAUUUACAAAGUGAAUGGAAAUCUAUCAAGGGUGUGUAGUGUGUUUCUCACUUCUUUGUACUGAUGAAAAAGCCGUUGACACCUAUGCAUUGAGAAGCUGGAGCUUCGUGUUCAAAAGAAACUAGUCCAACGUCUACACUUACCAUGGAUCCAGUCAUGUUUAGCUUCUUAGUUAUCGUUUUCUUUUUUCAACAUCAGUUAUCAAUCAGAAUUACUAUUAUUUCAUUUUGUUUCUAUGCUUGUCUUGUUCACACCCGUUUCUGAUAAGAAAAAAUUAAUUUACAUAUUACUCAGCUAUUUUUUUUAAUCGUAUGUAGUUUUAUUUCCAUGCCCCUCGUGAUCUGUAUUCAUCAUUUCGCCACACCUUUAAACUAUGAUAUCUCGUUUUAUCUGGCUUAGUUACUUUACUGAAUUAAAUUGUAAUUGAAACCAUGAUAAGGUAUGUCAUUGUACAGCUUUUGAGAACCAAAUCUCCGAAAACUUAACUAAGCUCCUUAUUUUUCCCUCCCCAAUACCCUGAUGAGAAAUUUCCACAACAUGGAAGUCAAGAUAGCAGUUAUUAAAAUUAUCGCAUAUUAGAUGGAUAGAUAGAUAAGAAUACGACAAACUAGUUCAAUGAAAUAACAUUUCGUUAAGCUAAAGACAGCAUUGAAGAGUCCAUAGUCGUAGCUAACCUUUCAGUAAAGAUCUAGCAUCUCCCUUCUGUAGAAUCAGUCAACAGGUGAUUCCAAAUUUAUAAUUUCAACAAAUAACACUUAAGAACCCGUUGUACAACAGAUGAUUCUUAAUGCUCAACAGCCUAGUGAAUGAUACUUAGGAGUUGGGCUUAAAUCUUAAUGCAAACAUCAUCAUAUACUAGUAUCUUAGUGUACGUGUAUCUCUUAUGAAACCCAAAUAGAAUGAAUUUCGUGUUCCUCACGGUAAUAUAAGCCACUGACAGGAACAUAAUUUAUUGAAUACUAUUUAGAACUUUCUACAGUUCAAGUUAACCUUGACCAUCAAAAUUUCAAACGAGACUACGUCAUCAGACUGGAUGAACUUGAUAGAUAUUUGAAGAAAAAUUAACUAACGGCAGUGUUUUAGCAUGUGAUAAAAAUCUUUAUUAUUUUGUAUAGAAAAGAAUUCAGAGAAAAAAACGCAUCUUAUAAACUUUAUAUUAUGAUAAAUAAAUGAAUAGUAUAAAGCAGGAAAAAGGUACUUGAUUGACGGAAAAACCGUGAACUUUAGAGAGAAAAAAAAUAUUUAAGAGGUAACGCAUAUCGUACACUAACUGACUGACUGAUUGUAUGAUAUAUAAACAGUAUGAAUACUAAUAUGAAUGCGUCAUAAGGUCACGAAAGAAGAUUAAUUCAUUUCAUUCUACGUUACAUUCUUUUUAUGAACGUCAUAACUAGAAAAGGCAUCAAGUAACUGAUAGACGAUGUUUUAGAAAUUUCUACUCUGUUAGUAUUAGAUAUUAUUUGACUGACAGUGACUAACAGCAGGGGAAUGCAGGACACACGUUCUGUGCGUAAUUGUGUCAUGUUAGCUGGAAUCACUUGCAUCGCCAACAUGAGCAAUGAUCUUCCUAUUGAGAGUCGAAUUCAGCUCCAAUUGUUUCAAAUAUAACCGGACCACUGGUUAGUUAGUUGUCGGAAACAAUGUGUUAUAAUGACACUUUCCUCAAGUGAUCAGUCACACAAUGUUUCUAGAAUAAUAUUAAAAAUAAUUUAAUUAGUUUGUUUUUAAUUCACUUCUAAUUUUCAUGUUGAUUGAUUGGAUCGAGAGAUUCAACCUUUGUUGAUAAUUUGACUCUAAGUACGAACGCUUCGACAAUGUCUAUGGACUUACCUAAAGUAGCAGCGUCCGUAAAAGGAGCUGACUUAUCAACUGAGGCUGAACAUCUCGGUCUAAUCAAGAUAAAUAAUUUAAUAAUUCCCAUUGUAGCAUUAAGAACACAAUAUUCAGCGAAGAGACUCUUUUCAACGAAUUUAUUAUCAAGCUGUACAAUCGUAUAUAUAUACGGUUUAUUUAAGAAAUUAUAUCCGCUGAGGGAAUUAGGUCAAAGGUAUGAAUACAUGAAAGAAUAAUAGUAUGAAACGCAAUUAAAAUAUUUAUAAUUAUAAUCAUAGUUUAAUGUCAAGUGGCAAAAUAAUUAAUGUCAUAUAUAGAAUAAUACAUAAGGUGUAUAGAUUUUGGAAAGAGGUACAUAAUUAUAAGAUUAGUAGACGAAUAUAAAAUGUUACAUAAUAUGGUUUGAAAUUUGCUAAGAUAGAAUUCAAUAUUGUAAAAAUAAAAACAUACAAAUAAUAAUUUUGGGUUUAAAAUGUCAAGUGGGUCAAGAAGAAAAGAUUCAAAGUGAGAAUAAUAAUAAUAAUAAUCGAAGUAAUGGGGGAAAAGUACAUAGAAUAACUAAGUAAACAUAAUAAAUAAAUGUCUAUCCCUCUACGGCCACGGCAGAAGUAGGGAUUGUACAUACAUCUUUUGCACACAAAGGUCUGACUUAAAGUCAUGAAUUGCCAAGGCCUCAGCUGUCUUUAGAAGUCUGCUACGAAGUAAACGCGGGAAGUUAGCAUGAAUUCUAUAUAUGUUCUUGAAAUCAUGGUCAGGGUUGACCAAGUGAAAGAAGUCGAUCACGUGUUCCAGAAUAGAGCUUCGCACACACUUCCUUUUCUCCCUUGUAAGUGACAACUGAUUCCAGUUGCAUAUGAGAUCUCUGUCGUGGCUCAAUUAGCCUAGUGGAUAAUGCUUUGGCGUUUGAAACAAUGAACUUCCGUCAAGAUUUGACAGAAAAGUCCGUCAAAAUUUGGGCGUGUUUGAAAUAUCGAAGUUAUAUAAGUUUGAUACCUUAAUUUCAAUUAUGUGCGUCGGUGACACAGUGGUUAGGACUCUCGCCGACCAUGCACAUGGUCCGAGGUUCGAUCCCCGGCCAAUGUACACCUGAUAUCUAUGGUCGGAUUACAAAAUUUGGGCUAGCGAUAUCCAUGCUGAAAAUUCCAUACUUGUACCAAAAAUACAGUGUGGAAUCAAGCUGUAAUUAAAAAAAAAGAGUUUGGAACAGUUUUCUGAACGAGAUGUUAAAAUUAUUAUUAUUUCAAUUUAUACAGGUAUCCUUCUUUUAAAUGCUUCACUAUUUGGUGAUGAUUUAUACGUGGACCUUUUUCUGGUUUAACUUUAAUAAUCCUAUCCCGGGUGUCUAAGUUAACUGAGUUUACCAAUGAACGUCUGCAAAAUUCUCGGUAGGAAAUGUUUUAAAUUAGUUGUUUUCGUGACUAAGUGUCCAGUGUACAUCAGGUUAUCUGUUUUGUAGCCUCCUAAGAUAGCUGACUAAAUGACUAACAAUAACCGAUAGAAAAGAUCUCAUUUACUGUUAGUUUGCUAAAAUAAUAAUAAUGAUAAUUCUAAUGAUAAUAGUAACAGUAGUAUUAAGCAGACAAAUUUACUCUCCUUCACAUGAAUAAAAACCUGGUGUCAAUCAACAUUUUCCCUUACAGCCCAACAAGACACUAUUACACUGGGGGAAAAAACAAACAUCACACACAACAGCACGUGGAUUAGGCAUAGAUUGAACAGGUUUUAACCAAUGGUGCAGAUUCUCGUGUGGCCAUUAGCAUGCGAUUUUCUCUUACCCUACUUUAUUUUUCUAACAACACAGUUGUAGGAAAUUAGGGCAGUGAAUCAGACUGAUUGGUUGACUGACCUACUGAUUGACUGACUAACUAGCCUACUAUGGAUAGAGAUGGAGCUAGAGGAACAGAGAGAGAGAAUAAAAUUAUUUUGUAAUAAAAAUCAAUGAUUGUCCGCUGACAACAUAACUCUCUUAAUCGAAAUUUCAUCUCACCGUAGGCACGGACAAUCCUACCUGUGUCUCUAUUCUAUUGUUGUUAGUCAAAUGGCGAAUUACUAGUGAAUUUUAGUUUCAUUAUUAACCAGCCCUAUUUUUAUCACUGUUCAAGGUUAGAAACAAAAUAGUCACAUGGUAUUUACAACCAUUUUCCAUCAUCCAAAUAUACACAAUUAUAUAUCAUGGGAGAAUUUGAAUGAAUUCAGUACCUAGUAGGCAUUUGUUUUCAUGUAAAGAAAGGUUUCAGAAUAUAAAAAACCCUUUGCACAAGAGGUGGCUCUCGUGGCCCAAGUGGUCUAGUGGAUAACCCUUUGGCGCUUGAAACUAUGGGCACUGGGUUCGAGCCUCGGUGGGAACAUCAUCACUCACUGAGAAAUGCAGGUACAUCCAGCUGACGAGUCACAAAUAGAACGAAAUGCGCAUCCUGGAUUCCACUGCUAGCCACCAUCGACCAAUUAAAUUAUUAUUAUUGUUAUUAUAUCCUAUAAUUCCUAGAGGAACAUAGGGCUUCAGCUGCGCGUCCCCAUUGCCUUCUGUUUUCUGCCAACUUCCCCCCCCCUCCCUCCCGCUCCAAGUCACCCUUGCACUGACGACCAACUCGCUGCUUCCCUUUCGGGUUCCACUCGAACGAUAGCUUGUCUAGUGAUGUCACUUGAUGGUUUCCUCAGCGUAUGGCCAAUCCAUCUCCAUUUCUUCCUGC